UUUAUCUAUGGUUCAGCUGAUCAAAGAUCCAUAAGCCACACCUCUGCCUUUGCAUGAGUUCAGAAGAAGCUUCCCCCACACACUGCCCUAUAUAAGAUUGCAAGCCAGCAGUGGAUCCAAAAGUUGGAGAGCCAUUGUAAGGAUUAAGCUCCAUGAACCAUGCUACCUAGGAUACAGCCGCUAGCGCUAGUAGUGCUCCUGGUGCUAUGUGCCUGUGGGAGUGAAUGCUUGCAGUCCACUAAAUACCAACACACAAUAUACAUUGAUCCGGGCAAUCCAAAUAGCGUCAAUGAUAGCUCCUGCUAUACUAACUCAGUGGAGCAUCCUUGUGGUGAUAUAAACAUUGCUUUAGCAUUUCCAGACAAACAACACUCGACCAUCUUCUAUCUUAGCUCUAAUGCUAACCACAAAUUGGCUUAUAAUGCGACUAAUAUGUUGUUCACAGAAGGUUCACAAAUAGCUUUUAUUGGAGACAAUGGUACCGCUACAGUAGAGUGCAUGGAAGGUGCUGGACUGGCAUUUAUUAACUCUACCAAUAUUAGCAUUACUAGUGUGAGCUUUCUUUAUUGUGGAGCAUGGAGACCAAGUACUAGCUUAAAUUUUACAUCAAAGACUUUGCAAUUGCUUUCGAUUCGAGUUGGCAUGUACUUUUACAAUUGUCGCAAUGUUAAUAUGUCUUGCAUGAGUGUCUCAAACAGUACCGAGGCAGUGGGUGUGGUCAUGUACAGUGUGGCGGGUGAGAAUUACAUUGGUUACUCACAUUUUGAUAACAACAGAAUUAAUGAGAGCAAUAAAAAUGAGUCUGGAGGUGGAGGGUUCGCUGUGGAGUUCAACUAUUGUAAGCCUGGGGACAAUACAUGUGGAGACAACAAUACACAAACUGAGAACAUUAGUGAUGCUGUGUAUGUAUUUGAGGGGUGUUCAUUUUCUUUUAAUCGUGGUAUAGAUCAAUCUGGUGAAAAUGGUUCAGAUACGUCAAUCCUCCCGAGAAAGGCUACUCACUCCUCUCUCGGUCGUGGUGGGGGACUUUCCCUCUAUUUCAAAGGCACCGCAAUGAAGAACAAUAUUACUAUAAACAAUUGUAAUUUCAGUCACAAUAAUGCAACCUGGGGGGCCGGAUUGAUCAUUGAAAUAGCUGAUAGCACAAUUCAAAAUGUUGUAAAUGUUGCAGGCUCUCAUUUUACUGACAAUAAUUGUUACGUUACUGAGUCUAACAAAGGUGGCUCUGGGGGUGGAGUUCGUGUGUCUUCUGUUGUCUAUUACACUCAUCCAAUGGACAAACUUUUGAUGAGAAAUUCUGUCUCUUUCGAUCAAUGCAAUUUCAUUCGCAAUAGAGCGCUGUUAGGUGGAGCGAUGUCAUUGUCUUAUCAUCAUCAACAAUUUUCACACCACCAUCAGGUUUUUGAAGCCAGCGUUUCUGGUUGCACGUUUGAUUUCAAUUCAGCUAGGCUUGGCUCGGCUGUAAGCGUGGACAAUGAGAACUAUUAUCCCAAAGGGGAACUAGGAUCAGCUAUUUUUUCUUCGUGUGUUUUUACCAACAAUACGAUUGUAUACGUUGACUCUGAAAUAGCGCCUUACAGUGUGGGCAUUGGUGCUUUGUACGUAUCAGAAGUCCCGGUGACGUUCACAGAAUUCUUAAUUUUUCAGCUCAACAACGGAACAGCUUUAGCUGUAGUAGGUACCACAGUUAAUAUCAGUGAUAAAACUUACUUGGUUUUUAUAAAAAACAGCGGUUCAAAUGGAGGUGCAAUCUCUCUUUUAGGAAUAGCUACUCUGUUCAUUGGUAAAGGUACGUCCUUCCUGUUUUCCAACAACUUUGCUCGUCUUAAUGGAGGAGCUAUUUUUAACAACUACAUUGGAAAAGAAGACUUGCGUUCCUCUGUUAAAUGCUUUCUUCAAUAUGCGGAUCCCUUUGAAAAUCCUAAGAUAUGGGAUACCAAGUUCACUUUCGACAGUAAUCAAGCUGGUAAACUUGGUCAGUCUAUAUUCUCUUCGACGAUUCUCCCAUGCUCUAGGUUUCAAGAUGCUACAAGUGAUAGGGCUAUUGUGAAGGAAAUUUUCUGCUGGAAUAAUUCCACUUGGGUGUACAAAAACAGUACAUGUAUCAAGGAAAUUCACACUUCCCCAGGGUCUUUCCUUCAAGAAUAUCCCAACCAGCCAAUUUUUCCAGGACAUCCAUUUUACCUGCAAAUUGUAGCUAAAGAUGAUUUGGGUCAUAAUGUGUCUUCAAAUACUGUAUACACGGCCUACACUAGCAAUCCUCACAAAUCAGAAGUUGAACCGCCAUAUGCAUACAUAUCUGACCAGUACGUUGGUAUAAGUGGAAGUGAAGACCAAAAUAUUACAUUGAAAUUAAACACAGCUGGUCAUAGAGAUUGGCAUAUAGAGAUAAAUCUAGAAAUGCAAAAGUGUCCGCCAGGCUUUGUUGCCAGUAUGCCUACUAGUUAUAUUCUAACGAGUUCCUCUGACAGUGCGUAUCUUGUUAAUAAUACAUGCAAAUGUAUAGGAGGGCCCAAACGCCCGAAUACCUUCCGUGGUAACUUGAUUUGCAACAAAGAUAGUAUGAUUUCUGAGAUUCGAAAUGGUUACUGGAUUGGAGUUGUGCCUGCGUACAAUAACACUAAGCUAUAUAUGGGAAGCACCGCAUUGUUGCAUAGGUAUUCUGAAAUAGACACCUUCCCUAUUUCCCAGAGGUAUGAUCGCCUUGACUACAAUCAAUGCUCACAUCUCCAUCGUACUGGUCCACUGUGUGGUGAAUGUUUGAAGAAUUAUUCCACAGCUGUGAAUACUUUCGACCACAACUGUGUUCAGUGCAAUAGAAACACUACAAAUGUUGCCCUCAAUGUUGUUGCUUAUCUUGGACUCACAUAUUUGCCUUACCUCGUCAUAUUUGUGAUUAUAAUCUACUUUGAUAUUCGAUUAAUGAGUGGUCCUUUAGUAGGUUUCAUUCUCUAUGCUCAAUUGAUAGGCUCUGCGGUAAUUGAUUUGACUCUUAAAAGUUUACCUUAUUUCAAGAGUGGUGACAUUCCUCACAGUAUUCAAAAGGCAUAUCAAAUUGCUUAUGGCAUAUUCAAUCUGAACACUUUCUCUCAAUUUAUGGAGCCAUUUUGUAUUCAUGAAAACCUCAAUGCAUUAGAUGUGAUUUGCCUGGAUUAUGCCGUUGCUGCUUUCCCCUUACUAUUGAUAAUCGUCAUUCGCCUACUGAUGCCACUCAAAAGCUUUAAGUUUUUCAACAAAAAAAGAGGGAUUCGUAAUGUCAGUACAACGGUUACCGCUAACAAUAAUAUGAACAAACCUACUGAAAGGCCGUUAAUUCACGCUUUCGUUGGUUUUAUCUAUCUUUCGUAUACAAAGUUCAGUUUAACGUCAACCAAACUCUUCUCCACCACUUAUGUAUUUGACCAAGACGGUGCUACACCCAACAUCAUGCUCAUCUAUUAUGCUGGACAGUUUUACUUUGGACAGAAAGAGUAUGUGUUGCCCUACGGCUUAUUAGCAAUCACUAUCUUUAUCUUUGUUGCCGUCCUACUUCCCCUGCUUCUGUUGGGACCACUCGACUUCAUGAACUGGCUAACCGAUCAGCCAAAGUUUUAUUUCUUAAAUAGAUUUUGGCCAACUCUGAAAAUCAAUAUCUUUUUGGAUGCAUUUAGAGGGUGUUAUAAAACAAACUGUAAAUAUUUCACUGGAAUUUAUUUCCUGUUUCGUUUGAUAAUCUUUCUUGUUUACGGAUUCUCGAGCAAUGAAAUUUUCCUGCGAGUAUGGCAACUCGUGUUUGUAGUCAUUCUACUCGUGCUAGUAGCAUGGAAACAGCCGUAUAAAACCAAAUUUUUCAACUACUUGGACAGUUUGAUUCUUUUUAAUGUGGUCCUUAUAAACUUGAUUUCUAUCUACCUUUGCGUUCAAAAAAUUGCCAAUGUACACACGGACUAUCCUUUCAUGUACUACACUCUUGGUGUGAUUCUAAUUUGGCUACCGAUGGUGUAUUUUGUCCUGUACUUGUGCUGGCUAAUCCUCCAUAAGAGAAGAGUGUACCAUCUUGCAGUGUAUAGGCUCAGGCCGGUUAUCAACUGUUUCCGCAAGUACUGUGGUGAGCCAGCUCUUGUUGAAGAACAGCAGCCAUUGCUCAACCCCGCUAGUUCUUACUCAGAUAUUACGGUUAGCAAUGAUACUGACACCGAUCUUUUCAUUAGAGCUGAAGAAAAUAUGAGAUCACGAUAUCUGCGGAGAGAGAAUCGAAAGAGCCCCAACAAUACAAACAGUUCAAAUGGUGGAAGUGCUGGCGUAAAAUCGAUGUUAUCUUCUGGGUUUCAAUCUGGCGGAAGUAAUACCACUCCUAACACUACCAAUAGCUCUAAGUCAUCCGGUGUGCACACGGACUGAAAAACAGAUAUUGCUAUAAUUAUAUUAGAUAAUUAUAGCAAUAAUAAUUAUAUGUAAUUAUUAUUAUGUUAAUUUGACUUCCUCCCUAAAUCCAAUCCUAAUUAUCAUUAAUUUUGUGUAUGUUAUACUUAUUGUCCACUAUAUAUAUGCAUAAAAAUUUAUGG